AUGCAGUAUCUCCUUGCUGUUGCCGCCCUGCUGGCAGGAUCCGACAUCAUUUCGGUUGCGCAGGCUCAGAGCGUCUUUGCUCAUUACAUGAUCGGCGAAACCAACCCCGACCACGCCAAGCAAGACGUCGAAGAUGCCAAAUCCGUCGGUUUUGACGCCUUCGCCAUGAACGUGGGCGAUCCGACCGCCCAAUGGGCCCAGAACUGCGUCAAGGCACUCUUCGACGGCGCCGAGGGAACCGACUUCAACCUGUUCUUCAGCUUCGACAUGUACCAGCACUCGCAGCUGCAGGACCACAUCGACCUGUUCAACAAAUACGCCGAUCAUCCGAAUUAUAUGCGGGCUGGCCCCGAUAGUAACCCCGUCGUGUCGUCGUUUGGCGGAUCCAGCGAGGCGGAUGCUUGGUCUUCGUUCAAGCAGAACUCGCAGAUCUACCUAAUUCCGAACUUGGAUGACGGAGAGUCCGGGUCAGGUGAUUCUUCCAAGUACUAUACGAACCCGGAAGAGACGCUGUCGGGGUUCAACGACUUCGUGGAUGGCUACUUUAGCUGGGAGACGGCCUGGCCUAUCUCGACCGAUGGUCCGGUUAACGUCAGCUCUGAGGGCGAUCAGAAGGUGAUGGAUUAUGCUCACGGAUCGAACAAGGGCUACAUGAUGCCCCUCUCCCCCCUCCAGUACAAGAACACCGGCGACGGCCACUGGUACCGAAUCGGCGAGGUCAACCUGCCCCAGCGCAUGAGCCAAAUCUUGGAGCUGAAGCCGGACUUCACCGAAUAUAUCACCUGGAACGACGGCGGCGAAAGCCACUACAUCGGCAACCUCUGGUCCGAAAGCUACACCACGGUCCCCGAGAUCGUCGAAUACGCCAACACCGACAAAUGGCCGCACUUUGCCUGGCAGCCUCUGGUAAGCUCGUUCAUCCAGGCUUUCAAGGAGGGCAAAUCAGCCGGCGAGAUGGAAACCGGCUCGGAAUCGCCUAUCGGCGCUAUGUGGUACCGCGGCAUGACCAAGAACUGCGACAACCUGCCUGCCAACGCCGAUGCGGCGAUCGACUCCGUCAACUACGCCGUUGUGCUUCCUCUGCUCUGGGAGGGCAUUACGAUCCGAGUCUCCAGCGGUGGUAAUGUCUUGGCGACGAACCCUGCUAAGCCUGGACUGAACUACGCAGCUGUCGAGGGUCUGGCGGCCGGUCAGCAAAAGAUCGAGGUUCUUGGAAAGGAUGAGUCGGUUAUGUUCAGUGCGACUAGCGGUUCGGACGUGACAGAUGGGGGUAAAUGCAACUUCAACUUCAACGUUGUGAAGUUGUCGAAGGAGUAA